UCUUUAGGUAGUGACAAGCACAUGCUGAUCAUCUCAAACCUCCCAAUUCAGAAUCCUGAUUCCUUUUGCCUUCCCCACUUCCCCGCCUUGCAUUUUCGUUGUUUGUGAUAACAUGUUCUAUAGACUUUCUUGUUAGUAGUUUGAAUCUGGCAAAAUUGAAGGACUACCUACAAAAGAAUGGAAUCGUGGAAUCCUUCACAGACUCUCCUUCCUCCCAAUAAGCUCUCCAAACCUGGAACGAUGAGUAUUUUGAAGCUCUGUUGCAGCUUUGCUCUGGUCAUUAUUGCAGCCUUGACUCUGGCCUCAAACGCCAUACAAUUUCCCAAGAAGAGUAGCCACGCUGCUGGUCCUGAUCAUUAUCACAAGCUAUUCUUGAAGGCAGCAAGCAACGAUUCCAUAGCAAAACAUCUGAAGAAGCUCACUGAGGAACCCCAUGUGGCCGGCACUCCAGAGAACUUUGCUACUGCAGACUACGUUUAUUCUGUUUUUCAGAGCUCUGGUUUGGAUACCCAUUUCGCCGACUAUGAAGUUCUUUUGACAUACCCUCUCUCAAGGUCUCUUAGUUUAUCUCUGCCUGAGGGGAACACCCUUCAUCUGAAGCUACAGGAGGAGCCGGUGGAGGGCGAUUCUUCCUCCUUCAACCCUAAGGUCAUACCCACCUUCCAUGCCUACUCUCCAUCUGGAGACGUUUCUGCAAAGAUAGUCUUUGCUAACUAUGGCCGAGAAGAGGACUAUGAUACCUUGAGAGAGAUGGGUGUGGAUCCCAAAGGAGCUAUAGUGAUUGCCAAGUAUGGCAAGAUUUUUAGAGGGGACAUAGUCCAGAUAGCUGCAGAGGCAGGGGCAGUUGCAACGAUUGUGUAUUCCGAUCCAGAGAAAUAUGGGGGAAACAGAACAGAGGGAUAUUAUCCUUAUUCUAGAUGGUUACCCCCUUCUGGAGUUCAGCGGGGCUCAAUAUAUGGGGAUAUUGGGGAUCCUCUGUCUCCCGGAUGGCCCAGUGUUGCUGAUGCAGAGCGCUUGUCAAUAGAUGAUCCUCAGAUUAAUCUGCCCUCAAUACCAUCCAUUCCAAUAUCUGCAGAGGAUGCCACAAUCAUAUUGAAAUCCCUAAAUGGGCCACUGGCUCCUCCUGAUUGGCAUGGUGCUCUGGACCUGCCGGCUUAUCACCUCGGGGGAGGACCAGCCAUUCUGAAUCUUCACUACAAGUCGAAUCAUACCAUUGCCCCAAUUCGAAAUGUGAUCGGCCUGAUCAAAGGCUCAGAGGAACCUGACAGGUAUGUUUUACUGGGUAACCAUCGUGAUGCAUGGACUUUUGGGGCCGGAGAUCCAAAUGGAGGCACUGCAACCCUUCUUGAAAUAGCUGAGAGAUUGGGGAAGCUCCUGAAGGAAGGCUGGAGGCCAAGAAGGAGCAUAGUUUUGUGUAAUUGGGAUGCAGAAGAAUAUGCUCUGAUUGGAUCGACAGAGUGGGUCGAAGAGAACUAUAAUCUACUUUUUUCUUCAGCAGUGGCGUAUCUGAAUGUUGAUGAAGCUGUCAUAGGCCCUGGUUUUACGGCCCAAGCAACACCCCAACUCGAUGAUCUCAUUCGAGACAUAGCUAAAGAGGUUGAAGACUCCGAUAAUCCAGGAAAAACAAUAUAUGACUCACUAGUUGCUUCAGCCACGGAUCCUCUAAAUCCUAUUGAAAGGCUAGGUGGAGGUGGAUCUGAUUUUGCUGCAUUCGUACAACAUACUGGUAUUUCAACUGCUCAAUUUAGUUUUGGACAAGAUUUUCCUAUGUAUCACUCACUUUAUGAUGAUUACAAGUGGAUGGAAAAGUUUGGUGAUCCUCUUUUUCAUAGGCAUACUUCUAUGGCUACAAUAUGGGGGAUGACAAUGUUGAAGCUUGUAGAUGCAAAUAUUCUCCCUUUCAACUAUUCAACAUACGCUGAUAAUCUUCAUUCAUAUGUGGAUGUUUUGGAGAAACAAUUAAAAGUUGUGAGUGCUUCUCAAGUAACUACAAUUCCAUUGCAUAAGGCAAUUUCUAAACUUAGAAAUGUUGCAUUAAACAUUGCAAAGAGAAAAAAGGAAAUGGAGGGAAACUUGAAGCUAAGAAGAAGCUUUAAUGAUCAUCUAGUUCUGGCAGAGCGAGGUUUUAUAGAUUCAGAUGGACUUCCUGGAAAUCCUUGGUAUAAGCACUUGGUGUAUGGACCAACUCAAACUAACAAGUAUGGGACAACAUCAUUUCCUGGCAUAAGUGACUCAAUUGCAAGAGUUAAUAAAAUUAGUAAUGAUCAAACCGAUGAAAAUACUUGGGCAGAUGUACAACAUGAAAUAUGGAGAGUAGCUAGAGCAAUUGAUCGUGUGGCUCUUGUUCUUCGCGGUGAAUUCACUUAAAUAAGAAGACAUUUCCCUUAGCACUCCAACAAAAAAUAAUAGCAACAAUGUAUGGUCUAGUGUAACCAUAUUAAUUUGUCACAAAAAAUAUAUUAAUGUAUAUGUUGUAACAUAUUUUUAUUAAUGACGAGGUUUAACUUUUUACUUUAUAAAAUUACAAAGUUCAAAUAUUUUUAUUUA